AUGCUACCCUCACGCGUGGGGCCGUCGCGCAUCCUGAACGGCUCAACGCGAUGCUCUGCACGCCAGUGCACUUGGGGAAGAUUAUCCAGGAGCUUGCCCAGCACCAGCACCAGUCGACAGAUAACUAGCUGCAACAGAUAUGGCGGCACACUGUCUCUGGGUCAAAGACCGUCCUGUGAGCUUCCCCAGAUCCAACGCCAGGUCCGGGGUAAGAAGACCAAGACGGUGGUGAGCCUGGAUGACCUUCCCCAGGGCGUGAUUCGCUCAGAUGCACUGCCAGCUCUGGAGGACGAACCACCAGUCGUGCCGUCCUAUCCUACGGUCGUUCUGCAGGCGCGUCGGAACAUGCAAAAGUUUGACAAUUGCGUCUUGUUGACACGGGUGGGCGGUUUCUAUGAGCUCUACUUUGAGCAUGCGGAGGAAUAUGGCCCGCUGCUGAAUCUCAAGGUUGCUAAGAAGAAGACGGCCGCUGGGUCAGUAUCAAUGGCCGGGUUCCCUUUCUUCCAAUUAGAUCGAUUCCUCAAGAUCUUGGUUCAGGACCUGAAUCGAUACGUCGCCGUUGCGGAGGAGUUCCCUAACAAUGCGCCCGAGAAAGUCAAGUCUGGUGGCCUAAUGCACGAUCGAAAGGUCGCGCGCAUAAUCACCCCAGGCACGCUCAUCGACGAGCAGUUCAUGGAUCCAUACGCCAACAACUAUGUCAUGGCUAUACAUCUGCCGAGAGACCAGACGGCCGCUGAAGAGGGGCCGGAUCCUUCUCCUGCUGGUGCUGCUGCUCUUGGGUCUGUCUCGGAUGCCGUGUCUCCUGAUGCGGCUGCGGAUGUCUCCGCGCCCAUCGGCCUCGCGUGGUUGGACCUAUCGACAGGUCACUUCUUCACACACGCCACGAAAUUGAGCUCUUUAGGCUCGAUGCUCUCCCGUAUCUCCCCGAGGGAGGUCGUAUUGGACGAGGACUUGCAAUCCGACACCGGUCACGAGAUAUUCUCCAUCCUUGCCGAGGAGGGGCAUCUCAUCACGUACGCGCCCCAGGGUGAGCUGACGGCUAUCUCCGACUGGGCACCCAUGCUCGAGUCCGAGAUCCCACCGCAGAGUGUAGAAACGUUCACCCAAGAUGAGGUCAGGGCGGGGAGCCUUCUGCUGCACUACGUCAAGGACCGGCUGCAGGGGAUCAGUAUGAAGCUGCAGCCUCCACUGCGUCACGAGACCAUGCAGGUGAUGAAUAUUGACAAGAAUGGCAUGCGCUCUCUCGAGAUCAAGCAGACCAUCCGAGACGGCGGGUUCCGUGGCAGCCUGCUGCACGCCAUCAGGAGGACAGUGACAAAGAGCGGCGCCCGCCUGCUCAACGAAUGGCUCAGCGCGCCUUCUUCUUCUUUAGAUGUCAUCCGUUUCCGCCAGGACCUUGUAGCCUGCUUCAUUGCCGACGAAUCACUACGAGAAGGUAUCACACUGCUAUUACGACGAAGCCAUGACUCCCAGAGGCUGGUACAGAAAUUUGCGCUGGGCAGGGGAGAUCCGGACGAUCUCGUGGAUCUGGCCAGCACCAUCAAGGCUACAGAAGACAUUGUCCUUCUGCUCCUGGGAGCUGUUCCUGCUCAUGAUGCUGAACCGCCCGCAGAGAAGGACUGUCUCCGAAAAAUGACCGAGCGCAUCGUCCUCGACAGCCCGCGCAAGCUCGCCCGCCGGAUCCGCGAAGCUAUCGAUGAGGAGGGUAUCGUUCAGCAGCACCAGAUGGACGAUGACGAAGCCAGCAGUAUGACUGCGCUGGCCCAGGCGGUGGUCGACACCGAGGGCGCAGCCGAGGACUCCUCCCUCCUCCCCAAAUCCGCCAAGAAGCGCAAGCCCGUCUCCAUCCGCGACUACUAUGGCGAAGACAACGAAGUAUGGAUAAUGAAGCCAGACGCCAGCCCCCACCUGAAGCGUCUGCACGCCGAGCUCGAAUCCCUCCUGGCCGAGCGCGACGCGCUCGCCGAGAACCUGCGCACACGGCUCGAGGCGCCCUCGCUCACACUCAAGUGGACGCCCGGGCUCGGCCACAUCGCGCACAUCAAGGGCCGGCGCGACCUCAGGAACGCCAGCCUGUCAGACAUCCCGAACCUGACGGGCCGCUCGACGGCGUCCUCGCGCUCGUUUCACCUGCCCGAGUGGACAGAGCUGGGCCGCCGGCUGGACCAGGCCCGCCUGCAGAUCCGUGCCGAGGAGCAGCGCGUCUUCGCCGAGCUCAGGCAGCAGACCGUGCUCAAUAUCGUCAAGCUGCGCCGGAACGCGGGCGUGCUGGACGAGCUGGACAUUGCGACCUCGUUCGCGCGACUGGCUGUCGAGGGUAACCUCGUCCGGCCGGUCCUGAACAACGGCACGGCGCAUGUCAUUGUGGGCGGCCGACACCCGACCGUCGAAGGCGGGCUGAGGGAGGCUGGCAGGACGUUUACGAGCAAUGAUUGUUUCGUGGGCGCCGGCUCAUCAGCAUCAGCAUCAUCAUCAUCAUCAUCAUCACAACAACACGGUCGGGUCUGGCUCAUCACAGGCCCCAACAUGGCCGGCAAAUCGACCUUCCUCCGACAAAACGCCCUCAUCACAAUCCUCGCGCAGAUCGGCUGCUACGUGCCAGCCUCGUACGCGGAGAUGGGCAUCGUAGACGCCAUGUUCAGCCGCGUGGGCUCCGCCGACAAUCUGUACCGCGACCAGAGCACCUUCAUGGUCGAGAUGCUCGAGACGGCCACCAUCCUGCGGCAGGCCACGCCCCGCUCGUUUGUCAUCAUGGACGAGAUCGGGCGGGGCACGACCCCGGAGGACGGGUGCGCCGUGGCGUUUGCGUGCCUGCAUCACCUGGUCACGUUGAAUCGGUGCCGGACGCUGUUUGCAACGCACUUUCACGGGGUCGCUGAUCUGGUGGCAGAGCACGGGAUGCGGGUAGAGGACGGAGGGGACAAGGGGACCGUGGAGAUGUAUUGUACGGAUGUGGCCGAGGACGAGCAAGGAGGGUUUGCCUAUGUGCACAAGCUACGGAGGGGCAUCAACCGACAGAGCCAUGCGCUCAAGGUCGCGAGGCUGGCAGGACUGCCUGAGGCGGCGAUGCGUACAGCGAGGGAGGUCUUGGUCCCUCAGCAGGAGAAGACGACGACAGUGAACAAGCUGGGGGGGUAGAGCGCCACAUGUCAAAAUUACAAGUCCGAGCGGCUGGGUGAGAGUCACUAUACAUGUCCAUGGGGCAAAGAGACCCGUGGGUCAUGCGAGAGAGAAAUCUGUACAACUUUUCCGUGCGUUAGCAAAUAUACCCCCCACUAUGCAACG